UGUAUUGUAUGUAUAAUAAGGAAGACUGGAUAAAGCUCAGUCUACUGGAUAUGAAUAUGAAAUAAUUAUGAAGAUCAAAUUUUUGAGCUCUCUGCUAAUUUUCUUGGCUGUUUCUCUCUACAGGGUUUCAUCUGAGACGGAACACGCAAGCUUACCGCCUAGAGGCUGGAAUUCUUAUGAUUCAUUUUGCUGGACUAUUUCUGAGGAUGAGUUCUUGCAAAGUGCUGAGAUUGUUUCGAAAAGUUUAAAACCUCAUGGGUAUGAGUAUGUUGUUGUAGAUUACCUUUGGUAUAGGAGGAAAGUGCCAGGUGCUUAUGUUGAUUCGCUUGGGUUCGAUGUGAUUGAUGAAUGGGGAAGGAUGAUUCCCGACCCAGAUCGAUGGCCUUCUUCAAAAGGUGGAAAAGGAUUCACAGAAGUAGCCAAGAAAGUUCAUAGCAUGGGUCUGAAGUUUGGGAUCCAUAUCAUGAGAGGAAUAAGUACACAAGCAUACAAUGCUAAUACCCCCAUUCUCGAUAUUACCAAGGGAGGCGCUUAUGAAGAUUCUGGUCGACAAUGGAGGGCACAGGACAUAGGGAUCAAGGAGAGAACUUGUGCGUGGAUGAAACAUGGUUUCAUGAGUGUUAAUCCAAAGUUGGAAGCAGGAAGAACUUUCUUGCGGUCGCUUUAUUCGCAGUAUGCUGAGUGGGGUGUUGAUUUCGUAAAAAAUGAUUGUGUAUUUGGUGAUGACUUGGAUAUCGAGGAGAUAACAUAUGUAUCAGAGGUUCUGAAAAGUCUAGAUCGCCCCAUUCUUUAUUCUCUGUCUCCUGGAACAAGCGUGACGCCUACCAUGGCCAAGGAAAUAAGUGGGCUAGUUAACAUGUACAGGAUAACAGGAGAUGAUUGGGAUAAUUGGAGAGAUGUAGCAUCUCAUUUUGAUGUUGCAAGAGAUUUCUCUACUGCUAAUAUGAUUGGUGCUGAGGGUUUGUUGGGGAAAUCGUGGCCCGACUUAGAUAUGCUACCCUUGGGAUGGCUUACCGAUCAAGGCUCUAAUGAAGGUCCUCAUCGAAGAUGUAACCUUAAUUUGGAUGAGCAGAAAACUCAGAUGACUUUGUGGGCAAUGGCCAAGUCUCCUCUCAUGUUUGGCGGAGACGUUAGAAAGCUGGACGAGACCACCUAUAAUUUGAUCACUAAUCCUACCAUUCUAGAAAUAAAUUCUUUUAGUUCAAAUAAUAAAGAGUUUCCUUAUGUCAGUAGCAGUAACAAACAUAUGGCUUUCACAUUACGGUCAAAAAGAUUUCAGAUGGAUGUGAAUACCUUGCCGACACGUGUUUUAGGUCGCACUAGCUGCAAAGAUCCCGAUGCAAAUGGUUGGUCAAUUGUGGAUUUUGACCAAGAUGAAAAACAGAUAUGCUGGAUGGAGAACUUGGGAAGUCAUGAACCUUUAUGCUUGUACAAGAGAAAGCCUCUUCUGAAUUCGGACGAAGAUAUUAUUUAUAAGCAAACGAAGCUCCAUUCUUUUGCAAGUGACGGACUGGAGUUUUGCUUGGAUGCUUCUUCAAGAAAGAAACUAUCUGCAAAAGAAAUGUGGGAUUCCCCAUUCUCACCUUGCAGAUGGGACGCCAACCAGAUGUGGAAAUGGAACGAAAAUGGGGCACUCAUCAGCAACUAUUCGGGUCUCUGUGCUGUAGUAAACUCAGGUAAAACCGAAACCACUACCAUCGGAAUUCGCUCUUGGAUUGCAACUGGGAGACAAGGAGAGAUAUAUGUUGCAUUUUUCAAUCUAAACCAAGAGAAGGCAGUAAUAUCUGCAAAGAUAUCAGAUAUGGCUAAGGUACUUCCUCAGAAAAAUCUAAACACAACUUCGUGUCGAGGCAGAGAAGUUUGGAGUGGAAAAGAUUUUGGAGUAAUUCGAGGGUCAUUGUCAACGACAGUAGAAAUACACGGUAGUGCACUCUUCGUGCUUCAUUGUUCGUAGCAUAGAAUGAAUAGAUGCAGAGGAAAUUGUUCUUGAAGUGAGCUGCUAUGCUUUAAAAAAAAUAAACAUUGUAAUGCCUCUUGAAGGUUGAAGAGCAGAGUAAUGAAAUGAUAAAUUUUAUA